AUGGCACCUCUAAAGCUUCUGUCUUUCCCCGAACUGCCCAAUUUGUCCCUCGACGCUGCCGGGCUCGUGGCGCUAGCCGAUAUCGCAACUCUUCAAGAGCGUACUGCUUUGAUGGGCAGGUCACAGUUGCUCGAUGCAUUGGUCGUCUGUCCCGGAAUUCAUCGACAGCAAAUGGCAACCAGCCUGAAUGGCGGGGAGUACCCGGUGUGCGGCUCGUUGACGGACGACUACGUCUUCCGGGUUGAGAAUCCAGCCACCGUCUUUUUCUUGCAAAAAGUCAGUCGUAGCGGCCACUUGACACCUCUCUGGGUCUCCCUAAACCCCGCGGGAAACAAGUGGUACAAGUUCCUCGGACUGGGACAAUUUACUGAUACGAUAUCCGCCAUUCUCUACUUCACCGCCGUGACCCUGGCGGUGGGCGUGAUUAUCGUUCUCGCCUUAUCUCGAGACUGGUGGGGACUCUCUGUAAUUCUACUGCUCGUUGUCGCUCGAUUCAUCAAUAUCCUCGUUAUUCAUCGCCGCAGCGUGCCCGGUUGGUUUGGCGUCAAAGAAGAGGGAAGGUCGGGAGAUCUACUGAUUCUUCUCAGUCAAGAUCGUUGGGUACGACUGAGGGGUGCGGUUGACGACCUGAAAGCUGUUACGGCCGGGCAGUGGAUGCGAGAUCCGCAGCUUGCGGAAAACUGGAUUUCCGCCGUAGCCACCGUCAUCGUGUACCUGGAUGCGGCGCUGGCAAGCAAUGCCAGCCAACUGGCUAAGAUUCUCAUUUUGGCUCUACUGAUUAUCUCUGUGGGACUGUUAGCAGUCGUUAACUCAAGGACAGAUAGCCUGCAAAUGCACGGCAGGAUAAUAAAAUUGGACGGCGAACCAAAAUCCUAUGAGAGACGACUGAAGCUCGCGGAAGAACUGAUUCGUGAAACAGGGCGCAGGGGCUGGGCACUUCGUAUGGGCAUGGUUGUGGACGACGAAAAAUGCCAGAAAACAGAUACAAAUAUUUCGGUGGAAGAAGUGGCUCUAUAA